AAAAAAAGGUGUACGUAAGUGAUACAGUGGACUCAGCAAUAAUAUAUAAUAAUAAAUAAGAUAAAAUUAGCGGACUUUUUAUUUAUUAAAAGAUACAAAACAAAACAAUGAGAAACACGGCACAACAGAACAAACCGCCCCCUCCAUCUUCCAGCUCCUACCGAAAACAUAAUGGUAAUGGAGAGGCACAUUCAAAUCUUCCUAAACAGGCUCUCCUUUGUCUCAAUCACCAUAGCCACCUUGACCCUUCUCCUCCUCUUCCUCCAAACCCCACAAACCUGUGUCCCUCCAAACUCACCUCCCAAACCCCACCUCAAAUUCCCAAAGUCCUCCUGUGAUUCCUCCCCACGCGAGCUUCUACCCAUUGACAAGAAAAACCGGCGCCUCUGGUCCUCCAACUCCUGGCAAUCCAAAGUCUCCUCCUUUUCCCACUUCUUCACCUCAAUCCGCCAUCUGGGUUUUCUUCACAACCACUCCAAAGUCCUCUGUGUCUCCGCUGGGGCUGGCCAUGAGGUCAUGGCACUAUCAAAGCUUGGAACUUUGGACGUUACUGGGGUUGAAUUGGUCGACUCGCCGCCUUUAGUGAGCCGCGCUGAUCCGCAUAACUUGCCCUUCUUUGACAAUAUCUUUGAUUUGGUGUAUACUGGGCAUUUGGAGGAGGCUUUGUUUCCGGCCAGAUUUGUGUCUGAGAUGGAGAGAACGGCGAGGGGUAAUGGGGUCUGUGUUGUCGUUGUGGAGGAGUGUGGGGAUGACGAUGUGAGACAGAUUGUGGGUUUGUUUCAGAAUUCCAGUCUUGUUAGCGUGGCCAAUGUUAGUUUGGUUGGAUUGAGAAUGACAAGGAUUAUAAUGAGAACUAGGAUGUCUUAAUUGAUUUAAUUCUUUGUUUCAUUCAAAUGUUUAUUUGAUUUGUUAAUGUUGCUGUUGGAUAUAUAUGGGUUGUGUGUGAUGAUGUGGGGUUGCUGAAUUACUCAUUAUCUUAGCAUUAAAGUCCAAUUGAAUUUUAGUGGCUUAAGAAAAUGAGAGGAGAUCUAAUGAGAAGGUGAAUCUUAUGGAAGCUAAAUGAAUCUGACUGCAUAUAGAAAUGCUGUGAGAACUAUGAGAUUCAAUGAAUGAAAAUCCUUUGUUUACAUUUUACUUCUACUCUUAUCAUUGUGCUUCAUAAUUCAGGCCUGCAUCUCUAAUGUAUUGGAUGUGUUUCUUUGGCUACUA